ACUAAUCGAUAGUAGCAACGAUUGUUUUACAACUCAACUUGCUGCUACAAACGCGUUUUUUUUUGUUGUACAAAUCUUAAAUAGAAUUAGUUUCGAGCUCAUUGUUACCACCUCCGUAAACUUUAGAUAGUUUUAAUACAACUUUCUAGUGAAAGAUUGAAAAAUAAUUAAAUACCUCGCCAAUCCACGGGCGUGAGCGUAACGACGACGGAGAGUACAAAAAAAAAACCGAAGAGGUAACGAGCAAAUCGGACGAAAAAAAGCAUAAAACCAAAUACCAAUAUAAGCGUACGCAUACAUGCAAAAAAAGUCAUCAAGUCGAGUUUAAAAGAGCUGGGAAAAUUUCGCAAAGUGCAACCACAGGAAAAAAAGCAACAGGAGCAGACGCGCCAUCAUUCACAAAUCGAUCGCAAAAGCCGAGCAUAAAACACAGACAUGUAUGCCGGAGCAUAUGCACCCAACACUGGCGGCGUACAGCAGCACACAGGAGGCGGCUACUACGGCAAUGGGGCCGUGGCUGGUGCUGGCGGCAAUGGUCAGCGUCGCGACCGUCUUUGCUAUCCACGCAACAAUUUUGCCGGCGCUGGCAGCGGGGCCGCUUCGUUGAACGGAGCCGCUGGGGCGGCUGGCGGCAUGCACUUUAGCCAGCACUAUGGUGUGAUGGCCUACGGCAUACAGAGCGGCAUCAGUAUGGGUGGCGGUGGUGCCGGUACCGGAGGCAAUCCGUAUCGCGGCGGAAACACCGUACAGAAUGGCGGUGCCUUUGGCAAUGGAGUGGCUGGCGGUGGCGCCGGCUUCCAAGGCGGACUGCACGGAAAGAGUCCCAACUACACACAACGCUACCAGAAGCCGCACAACGGAGGCCUCGGCAACGGGGGCGGCGGCGGUGGUGGCUAUCAGGCCGGCGGCUACAACGCCGCGGCGCUGGGCAUGCUUUCCAAAGAGGAGCGUGCCGAAAUCCAGCGCGAGAAGGCCAAGAAUCCGGGCCGCAACCUGGUCAAGCCCAAGUGGGAGCAGCUGCAGCCCUUCCCCAAGAACUUUUAUGUCAUCCACCCGAAUACGUUGAACAUGUCGGAGCAGGCCGUGGCCGAGCUGCGUCGCGAGCUGGAGAUAACUGUCUCUGGCAAUGACCUGCCACACCCGGUGGCCAAUUUUGAGGAGUGCUCGCUGCCGGCGCACGUCAUCGACGAGAUGAAGCGACAGGGCUUUACCAAGCCCACGGCCAUCCAGUCCCAAGGCUGGCCCAUCGCCCUCAGCGGCCGCGACCUGGUCGGCAUUGCUCAGACCGGGUCGGGCAAGACGCUGGCCUACAUGCUGCCGGCCAUUGUGCACAUUAGCAAACAGCCGCCGAUACUGCGCGGCGAGGGACCCAUCGCCCUGGUGCUGGCACCCACUCGGGAGCUGGCCCAGCAGAUCCAGUCGGUGGUGCGUGACUACGGCCACCUGUGCCAGCCGGAGAUCCGUCACACUUGCAUUUUCGGUGGCUCCUCGAAGGUGCCGCAAGCCCGCGACUUAGAGCGCGGCGUCGAGGUUAUUAUUGCCACGCCGGGACGGCUGAUCGACUUCUUGGAGAACCGCAACACCAACCUGGCCCGCUGCACCUACCUGGUGCUGGACGAGGCCGAUCGCAUGCUCGACAUGGGCUUCGAGCCGCAGAUCCGCAAGAUAAUCGAACAGAUCCGCCCCGAUCGACAGGUGGUCAUGUGGUCUGCCACCUGGCCGAAGGAGGUGCAGGCCCUGGCCGGAGAUUUCCUCAACGACUACAUCCAGAUCAACAUUGGGUCAAUGAACCUCUCGGCCAACCACAACAUUCGCCAGAUCGUCGAAAUCUGCACGGAGAUGGAGAAGCCGCAGCGCAUGGUGCGGCUGCUCAAGGAGAUCGCUCCGACCAACAAUUCGGCCAACAAUGGCAACAAGAUCAUCAUCUUUGUGGAGACCAAGAUCAAGGUGGAGGACAUCUUGCAGAUCAUCCGCACCGAGGGCUAUAUUGCCACUUCGAUACACGGGGACAAGACACAGAAUGAGCGCGACUCGGUGCUGAAGGACUUCCGCAAUGGCAAGUCCAACAUAUUGAUUGCCACAGAUGUGGCCUCGCGCGGUCUCGAUGUCGAGGAUCUGCAGUAUGUGAUCAAUUACGAUUAUCCAAACUCGUCCGAGAACUAUGUGCAUCGCAUCGGACGAACCGGACGCUGCCAGCAGCUGGGCACUGCCUACACUUUUUUCACGCCCGACAACGCGAAGCAGGCCCGUGAGCUCAUCUCGGUUUUGGAGGAGGCGGGUCAGACGCCCUCGCAGGCCCUGCUCGAUCUCGCCCGCUCGAUGCCCAGCUCGGGCAACUAUCGUGGCAAUAAGCGCUGGAACAGCGCCGGCAACACCGGCGGCGGCGGCGGAGGUGGCAGCUACAACAACGGUGUCUAUCAGCAGCGUGGAAAUCCGCUCAACUAUCAGGCCGGUGGAGGAUACAACAAUCGCGGGGGUGCCGCAACCGGUGGCUACCAGCAGUAUGCAGCUGGCGGCAACGGUUACCAGCAGAAUGGAAUCAGCGCCGGAAACUGGAACCGCAUGAACCAGCUGGGACAGGAUGGCGGCAGCCGCAACGGGAGCACUUACCGCCCACGCGCCCCCUUCAACAAUGGGGGACCGCGUGCCAUUAUGGGACAUCAGGGCGGUGGCGCCGGUGGUACAGGAGGGGGCAGCCCACAGCCGCAUUUGGGCCAGCAGGGCGGACCCUUCAUACAGCAGGCGUACCGCAGUCGCGGCCAGUUCGUACCGCCGAAUGCCGCCACCGGAGGCAUGCCACCGCGCUUCCAGCAGUUCCCCAAGCGCGAUUACCAGCAGCAGGGUGUGCCCCAGCAGCACUACCAGCCGCAGCAGCAGCAGCAGCAGGCGGGCCAGCAACAGCAGAAGUCCUCGAAGGAUGAGACGUACGCACAGCAGCCGGCCGCAGUGGCCGGCUCCAUGGUACACUAUACGCCCACCAAUUCGCCGCCGAUUGCGACCGUGACCGCAGCAGCAGCAGCUGUGGCUGGACGCGCCACCGUGUCCGCUGGGCCGGGGGCUGCUUACAUGUACGACGCCAACGGUGUGCUGACCACCACCGCUGCUCCGGGCACCAAUCCGUAUGCCAAUCAGUUCAGCAUGCCGGCCACCUACUAUACGGCCCAGCAUCACCAGUUCACGGCGACCGUGGCUGGUCCGGGACCGGGUCCGGCGGCUGCCAUUGAGCAGGCGGGUCAGCAUUAGGACUGCCUUAUUAUGCAGCCACCCACACAACAGCCGUAAGAAUGACACCAAUAACCAAUAACAGCAGCAACAACAACAACAUCAACAUCAACAACACGGACACAAAAUGGCAACAAUUACUGAAGGAAGGAAAGAAAAAGGAAAAACAUUAGCAGGAGGAGCACGAGCACGAGCACUCGCUAAUAGCUACUCGCUAAUCGCCGCUACUCCACACACACUCGAUAGAUAGCUCGUUCGAUCGGACAUUUUGGUUUCGUUUAUCAAUCUUAGUUAUAUUUCCGUCUCACUCAACCUAUUCAUAUUCUCUGUUGGCUGUAUAUAUGUAUAUGAGCAAGCGGGAUGACAGCAGUGCAGAAGCUGCUGCGGCCACACAACAUCAACAAAACACGGGAGCAGGCGCAACAGUAGCAGCAGCAGCAGCAGCAGCAACAGCAGCAGAAUCUGGAGCAGCACUUUAUCAUCGCCAUCCUCGACCUCCAUGAUGAGGUAACGAAUCAAAAGAAAAACAAAAAGAACGUUGAUAAUUAUUAGUUAUAGUUUCCCACUCUCGCAUGUCCUUUGAAUGCUUCGUAACGCUCUCGGUUAAGUAGGGUUUUUUACUUUUCGGAACGCACAGCAGACGCGAAUCUAAAAUGUAAUCAAAAUUGUUUCAUUUGUUUUGUUUUUUAAUGUGUAAACGAAAACCAAACCUACACAAACUCACAGACAAACACACACAAAUACACAAACACCGUUAUACCGUUAUACCGUUGAUAACAAAAGUUAUAUUCAUGUUUAAUCAUGUACAAAAAACCACAAGAAAGUAACUUUUGUUGUUACUUUUCAAUGUAAUAUACAUUGGAGGGGGACUUCCCUUUCAACAAAGCCACUUGGUUGGUAGGAAAUUAACGGUUUACUUGAAAAACAACAACACCCAUACAAACACAGAAAUUUGUAACAAACAGACACACAAUUACAACAAAAUGAAAACCGAUCGAACAGCUCGACCAAAGAAUGCAAGGUAUAAGGCAUAUUUUGUCCUAAAAAAUCAAUAAUAAUAAUGAAAUGAAAUGAAAAACCACAAAAGAAAAUAGUUCAGAUUUUGGGCAAAGGUUGAGGACAGGCAGCGCUGCUUUGGUAAAAAAAAAAAAAACAGUAUGUAGAAAUGGAUAAAACAAAAUCGAAAGAAACACAUGCACACAUAUACAUAUACACACACAUACAACAUACAUGUACACGAACACCAAAGCCAACACGCACGCGUAUUACGGUUAUCGUUUAGUUCCCGUUUUAAAGGCAUAUCAUAUGAAGAAAUACCAUAUGCCCAUGCCACCCAUUCAAGCUUGAUUUAAUAUGAAGAUUGCAAUACAACAAAAACGCUCAUUUUUGAAACGAAUUCGAUUGUCCAACCAAACCCAAAUCCAAUCCCAAUCCCACAACCAGAACCAGACCCAACGCCCAAAUACUUCCCACAGAACAUUCGCCUAAAUUAAUGAUGUUUUUUCAAAAGUUCUAUGCAAAUACUUGACAAACAAAAACUACCAAGAAGCAAGAAGAAAUUCAAAUACAAAUUUCAAUUUCAACCAUUCCAAGUUUAACACGAGAUUUGAGUCAAAGAACAGGAAAGAACGUAUAAAAAGAAAAGACGCCACAUUCAUCCAUAAAGACAAGAAAAGCGAAAACGAAGAAAGUAUUCGACGAAGACGAGGACAAAGACAAAGAAGAAGAAGUUGUGGAGAAUCGAAUGAAAAUAAUGAUAAUGAUAAUACAGUACAGCCAACAUAAUGCAUAUUCCAGAUUAUUCCAAUUGAAUGAUUUUCCUUUAGCCAAAUUUAUUUGAUUUGAAAUUUUGAUUUCGGUUUUCGAGUACGAGUUCGAGUUCGGUUUCGGUUUCGAUAUCGAUUUUUCCUUUCCCGAUUUCGAAGAAAAAACAGAUCAUUAAGAGUUUCAUUGAAGUAGCAGUAAGUGGCGAUAGCACCAGUAAUACCAGUAAUACAUAGCUAGCAAGAAACCAGAGUAGAGUGGGCCUUCAGCAGUUGUCGCCUGUCGUCCAGUAGUAGAUGCUGGCGCCUCGAUCAUCAGCAGCGUCGCCACACCACAGUACACCACAGCACACCAUUUUCUACCCACAAAUCAGUACAAAAGAUGACGGAAAGAUUUUUUUUUUCAUUUAGCCGUAGGACAGAACAGAAACGAAACAAGGGAUUAUACAACAACAAAAAAGUAAAAGUAGAUUAAAUGAUAUACUACAUGCAUACAUACAAACAUAUGUAUAUUCGUAUAUAUUCGUUAGCCGAACCAAGUUUCCUUGAAACAUUUCUCAUUUUUAGUCCUCUAUAUACAUAAUACGUUUCUGUUUAGUAAAUAGCAAAAGGGAAAUAAGGGCAACCAGAGAGGGAGGAGGGUUAAUGAUGUGCAUAAACACAAUAUACAUUGUACACCUGUAUGUACUACUCGUCUGUAUCGAAUCGUAUCGUAUGCCAACACAAGGAUCUCUUUGAAAACAACCCACAAACCACAAAAUGGGAAGGAAAACUAGAUUUUUUACAAACAAUAGAUACUUAGUAUCGAUCGAUGGACGACGGACGGAUGGAUGGUAUAGAAGAGACAUUGUUUGGAUUAUUGAUAACGAUUCAAAUUGUUACCAUUACAUUACAUUUCAUUUCGUUUCGUUUCGUUACGUUGAGUACUGAAUACAUUUUGGGGUCUUUUUGAGUUACCGUUUUGAAGGGAGUAUAGUACAUAUAGACAGGGUCCACUAAAAUACUAUUAUUAUUAUUGUUAUUAUUCUUUGUAUGUAGGGAGGAUCCUCGAGGACACAUAUGCCAGGCGUAAGGAAGGUUUUGUUUUGUAUUUUGUAUUAUUUCUUAUUUCUUAAUUAUUAUUUCGAUGCAACCGAAUUGUGAUGAUGUGAUAGACUUAUAUAAACAAACAAAAAUACAAAAAAUACCAAUUAAUAACCAGUUUAAAUGCAGCUUAGCAGAGCAAACCGCUGCAGGAGAAUAUGAGAAUACGAAUAUGAAUAUGAAUAUUAAUAUGGAUAUAUGUUAUGUAUUUGUAUUAUUGUCGUUGUCGCUAAAUAGACAAUGUCUGAUGGCUAUAUAUAUGUAUUAUGGAUGACUUGAGGCAAACAUUCUUUUUUGAAGAAAUAAAACUAUAGAGCGCGA